UGGUCAGGCCUUUCUCAAGAAAAGGAAGCAGCUAUCAAUGUGAAAAUAACAGUCUUUUCCACAAAUGGUUUAAAAGCAGGAAUUGUACUGUUUGGGCGGUGAAAGCCGUAUAUGAUGGAGCCACAGCUACAGAAGCCAAAAAAGACACCAUGCGGGAUCCGCAGAGACCUCCAACCGCACAAAACCCCAUCACCGAAUUAUCACCUGCAGGACAUUGUGCACAAUGUUAAAGCAACCUGAGAAUCAGCAAAUGGGCAAAACUAAAUUGGAUGUACUUUUUUUUGUUAAAUCAUUAAAAAAACACUUUGUAUACCUUUCACGGGGUAAUAUUGUCGGUUUAGGGGAGCAUUAAAAACAUGCUGUUCAGACAUUAAUCAAAUUGCCAAAAUAAAAGAUACGAUUUUUUCUCAAAUCAAAUGGAAAAAGGUAAUUAUUUACUUACCUGUUACGAAAUAAAUAAAUAUGCACAUGUUUUAAUGAAUAAAUGAUUAUUCAUGUAUUUCGCAGUGCGCGUGAGCGGAUACCUGUUGCCCGAAGGUGCGUCAAACCACACAAAGAAAAACCACCUCCCUCACGACUUCAUUUGCUCUUUACUUUUGGUUUUCAAGCGCAGUUUAAACAGCGAGCGGUUAAAAAAAAAACAAAAAACGAAGCGGUCAGAGGCGACGUGUAAAGGCCGGAGGACAGGAAGCAGGUUGACGUGAUUUCCGCGGGCUCGGACCGGGGAAAGUUGUUUCCUGAAAGUUGACGCCGCGCCGGUCGCUUCCACGCCCCGAAGCGAAAUGACCUCCUCGCACUUUUCGUAGACGUGUUUUUUUUAAAUUUAUUUUAUUCUGCUUCCCUCCUACUCGUCCGACGGGGAAGAAGAUGAGCUCAAAAACCGACGACGCAGAGGGGAGCCUGCAGGCCCAGCUGGCGGAGUACCGCGCUCAGGCCCAACACUGGCAGGGCGUGGCCACGAUCUGUGAGCUGAGCAAACAGGAGGAACUGGCAGAGCUGCAAAAACAAUGUGAUCAGGAGAUCCAGUCCCUGCAGGAGGCCCUGCGAGAGACGGCAGCGCAGUAUGAGGCCAGGAUAUCUGUCCUCCAGUCUCAGCCGGGGGAGUGGAGGAGAGCCAGUGGGACAAACAUGAUCGGAGGAAGGCGAGUCAGGGCGGAUGCGGAAGUCGCCAGUAACGGAUCCCCUCCGUCCAUCACCAGCAGCCUGACGGAGGCCGAGGCCGCGUCGUCGACGACGGACAGGAGGCACAACCAAUCGGCAGAGCCGGAGGCGGGGCCGGAGGGCGAGGGCACCCCGCCCGCAUCGGAGGCGUAUUUUUCCCUGCGGCACUGCGACUCGGCCUCGUUGUCCUCGUUCUCCUUGGAUACGCCGUCUCUGCCCAGAAAACACCACGCUCAGGAGGACACCGACUCGCUGGUCUCCACGGGAACCUUGGUGCCCGAAGCCAUCUACCUGCCGCCGGCCGGACACCGGCUGGUCACCCACGGCGACUGGGACGCACUCAAUGCUCAGGUGUCCGAGCUGCGAGGGGAGACGAGUCGGCUGCGGGCCGAGAAAGAGGAUCUGGAGAGGGAGCUGGACACACAGACCAACCACACACACACACAGGUAUCGAUGCUCCAGUGUCAAGUCCACACUUCAGAGGCCCUCCUCCGGGACAUACAGAAGUCAUUCAGCCAAUCACAGAAUGCAGUCCAGAGUCGGCUGGCGGAGUUAUCCUUUUCCCAGAGGAAGGUGUGCAGUGAGCUGUCCAGGCUGAAAGGGGAGGAGGUUGAGCACGAGGCACCGGACUCCAGCUCAUCGUUCCCAGCAACACUGCAGGGGGCGCACUGUGAGGAGCGUCUUCGCAUCGAGAUCGUCCACCUGCGGGAGCAGCUGGACACCCGGACGGAGGAGAACGAUGUUUUAGGAGUGCAGCUGUCCAGUCUGAAGACGGAGACCGAGAGGAUCCAGAGUCAGAGGGAACAGCUGCACGCCGAGCUGCUGGCCUGCCGCACCGAAGCGGAAGCCCUGCGGGUGGCGCUGUCUCACGUGCAGAGCACCAACAAGUCCCUCAGUAAUGAAAAAGCGUCCCUCCAUCAGCAGAGUCUGGAGCUGCGUAGCCAAGUGAUCAGUCUGCGCUCGCAGGUCGACACCACCCAGACCGUCCAGAAGGACUUCGUCCAGCUCUCCCAGUCGCUUCAGGUGAAGCUCGAGCUAAUUCGGCAGGCUGAGAGUCUUGAACAAGUCAGGGAGAUCCUGGAGGAGGGAGUGAGCGAGGCGUGCUCGCUGCCCGCAGACGCUUCGUGAGCUACGGAACCAAAGAGCACGGACCCAUGUUUAACUGCUCCGAGCGAGGACCAGGCGGCCUCGUGGAGCGACGUCGGGGGGGGGGGGGGGGGCGCCGGGGUCGUCACGGCCGGUGCUGCUACAGCGCGUCUCACGCGGGACGCUCCCAAAGAGACAGGUGUCUUGUGGUGAUGGUUCCCUGUCCAUGACUUAGAUCCAGUAACGCGUUUAUUCCUCCACUAAUACACAUGCAAAAGGUUUCCUGUUAAAACUGACAUGAUUCCAGCAGAACACUCAACAUUUCACUGUGUCACUAACUGUUGUGCAAAUUACGCAAUGAAUUUCCGGUGCAGACUUCUUUUUUUCUUUGCAGAACAUCCGAUCACAGUGACGCAAAG